CUCUCUCUCUCUCUCUCUGAUCUGUUUCUGAAGCACUUAUAAAUUUGAGAAACAAUAAUACCUUUUUGCAUUUACGAGGAACGCCUCCAAUCUUUCCCCCUCUGGGUUUCUUCUUCGUCUCAACCAGCCAAUCCAAUACGCCCUCUCUUUCUCUCUCCAUCUCUCUCCACACACCAAUGAAAAGGAAAGCUCGAUUUUGGAGGACAAAGUGAGCAGAAAGAUACAGUCUUUUCAAUCUCGCCUGCACUGUUCGAUCUUUUCUCUCAAACUUCACUUCCUCCGUUUCUUUUCUCAACUGUCUUUUACCAAAAUAUCCAAACUACUCAAUCCAGAACUCGCUAUACUUUCGGUUUUGGAUUCAGACCCAGAUUUUUAGUCGGUUUCAACUUUCUGCGGAUCAGACGGCCGAGCAAUGAGAACAGAGAUGAGGAAGAUCUCCAAGUCUGCGUGGCCCAAAAUAGUUGCUAGGAAAUGGCUAAAUAUACAGAGUGGAGCAGACGAGUUUCAUUCCGACUAUUGCAUAAAGGAUAAAACUGCGAGAAGGAAGAGCUGCUCAGACGAGGACUAUUACGUUUUCGUACCGGAAGAUUUUUCAGAGGGAUGGUUGAUGGAAGCCAGUUGUGGACUUAAACGGUCGAAAAUGGAGCCGGAAGCACCACUUGCCACCGGUUCUCUCAAUCUCAGUAUGUUCGUGGGGACAUGGAAUGUUGGGGGGAAGUCUCCCCACGAGGGCCUUAACUUGAGAGAUUGGCUAAAGUCACCUGCUCCUGCUGACAUUUAUGUUCUAGGGUUCCAGGAAAUUGUGCCCCUGAAUGCAGGGAACGUACUUGGGGCAGAAGACAAUGGCCCAGCUGUCAAGUGGCUUUCCCUAAUUCGACAAGCACUCAACAGCAACAAUAAUGAACAGGAAAUCCCUCAAUAUUACAACAAUGUGACUGAAGCAAAGCAUUCAUCUUCACCACAGCCUGAUCAACAAGCUGGCAUUAAACCUAGACUCAGCUUCUCUGACCUGCUUUCAUUAGAAGAUGAGCUAGGGAAUGAAGAUUUGGAAAGAUUAGUAAACUUGAAUUCAAAUUUAAGCUCAAGCGAAGAAGGCUCUCCUAGCCCACCAUGCAUCUCUUCAGGCAGUCCAAUGCAGCGGCGUUACUGCCUAGCAGCUAGCAAGCAGAUGGUUGGGAUCUUCUUAUGCGUGUGGGUUCGAUUAGACCUUUAUAAACAUAUUAGCAAUUUGAAGGUCUCAUGUGUUGGUCGUGGUAUUAUGGGUUACCUUGGUAACAAGGGUUCCAUUUCUGUUAGUAUGACAUUGCACCAGACAACAUUCUGCUUUGUUUGCACGCACUUGACUUCUGGGGAGAAAGAAGGUGAUGAGAUCAGAAGAAAUUCAGAUGUCGUUGAAAUAUUAAAGAAAACGAGGUUUUCUCAUUCAUGCGGAGGUUUUGGUCAAGCUCUACCUCCUGAAAGUAUAUUAGAUCAUGACAAAAUUGUUUGGCUUGGAGAUUUGAAUUAUCGGCUUGCAGCAGGCUGUGGAGACACACAUGAGCUUCUAAAGAAAAAAGACUGGCAAGCACUUUUAGAGAAAGAUCAGCUAAGGAUAGAGCAAAGAGCUGGUCGAGUGUUCAAAGGAUGGGAAGAAGGAAGGAUAUAUUUCGCUCCAACUUACAAGUACCUCAACAAUUCAGAUCAUUACGUCCUCCAAACCUCAAAAUCUAAAGAAAAACGUCGCACUCCUGCUUGGUGCGACCGAAUCUUGUGGAAAGGUGAAGGUCUUAAACAGAUGUGGUAUGUGAGAGGCGAGUCCAGAUUCUCAGACCAUAGACCUGUUUAUUCUUUAUUCUCAGUACAAGUCAACCGGUCAAAUUCAAAUGUGAACAGAUUCAACACUUGCCAUAAAUCAGGUAGAUACUGCCCAGAAAGAUCUUCAACAAGUUCUGUUUUGCAAUCAGCUUGUGUGGCUAAAGUCCAAGCAGAGGAACUCUUGAUAAUUUCCAGGGCCCAAAGCUUCAUUAACACAGCCCCCAGGCUAUGAUAAUUACAAAGUCAUCUGAAUCUUAACCUCAUUUUGGAAAGUAUAAGACCGAGCACCAAUAUGCGCUCCGGCCAGGCACUUCCAUUAUCACCGGAAUUUUUACGGUAUGGAAUGGCGUGCCUUUCGCUGCAUGGCGACGGUUUUCACGAUGGGUAUUUAGGCUUUUUAUAGCCCAAAAAGAUCAUUUUUGUUGUUUUAUCAGUAAAAAAUUAUCAAGUGAAAAGAGAAGAGCUAGUUCUAUUGUAUAGCUCUGAUGUGAAAGAGCUGUCGAAUGGGGUUUUGGCGUGCAUUUCUAGCGGCAUGCCUGAAAUUUUUGACUUGUAAAUAUAUGGGAUUGAGGGAAGUUGAAGCUUUUGCAGAUGUUAUUCUUAGAAAAUUUUGAUUAAGUGUAAAUUAGGAAGUAGAAAUUGCUCUCUAGAGAGAGUUUCUUUUACAGGAAAUGGGAGUUGGUAGUCUUGAGAGACUCAGUAAGCCUUCUGAUCCAUCAAUUUUGUUUUCAGUGUAUUAUCAGUGAAAGUUUCCAAUUUUCUAAAUUUUCAUCUUAUGUUGUUGGAGAAUCAUGUAGUCUUUCCCACCACGUUGCAAUUUCAGAGA